AUGACUACCUCAUCAGCAGCAUUAUUCUUAUCAAUCCAUGCAUCGAAUGCGCUCAUCGGAACUCUCUUCUUUCCCCUGAUAUCAGCUGCAUUCCUCUCCCCGUUCGUUCUUGUGGCUCUGACAUAUGGACCGCUUCAUCUCGAUGUUUCGUACUACAUCACUGCUCUGAAAACUGUCGCGCUACAAGUUAUAGUGGCCUCGCUGGCCUCCAUUAUAGCCACGAGAGCCUUAUCGUCUUACUUGUUCAGUACCACGAAAAAUAAUUCCGGGAAAAUUCGCACAGUGCCGACUCGGCCUUACUGGAUCCCGGCGUUACAGCAUAUCGUCCCAGCAGUAUUUGGCGGUUCAGCAUGGUGGAAGAUGAUACGAGACAAGUGCUCGCAACCUAUUCUAGCACUUUCAUUUGGUGGAGCUAAGCACAACUUUGUUGUGUCUCCGCAUCUAGCACAGGAGGUUGAGAAAGCCGGGCCAUCAGCCUUAGAUUCCACAUUGGUCCGUAGGACUUUGUUGACCAAUGCUUUUGGGUUGACCUCUCAUUAUGAAGAUAUUGAUCAUUUACAAUUUGAAUUUAACGUGCAGCUGAGGACCAGUGACUUUUUUGAACACUUCAUAAAGAAACUGGAGCAAGACUUACCAAAUCUUGUCUCUUUCAUGCCAACCGUUAUCGACCAGAUGCCGUGGGAACGAACAGCAGGGGUGGAUGUCGAGGAAGAAGAUGGUUCCAAUGGAACAGCAAAGACAUCCUUGUCGUCCAUUGUGCGGGAAUUUCUUGGUUAUGCCAUCACAUCGGCUCUGCUAGGUUCAUCGUUUGUCAACAACUACUCGAAUCUUGCGAAAGACCUUGAAACGCUAAACUCAUCAAUCUUCAGUCUUGGAGCUGGCUUACCAAGAUGGUUUCCCACCCCAGGGAUCGUCACCGCAUACGCUGUGCGGAGGAGGUUGUUGACACAUCUCACAGCCUUCCAUAAUGCUCUCGAUCUGUCACUUAUGGGGGAGAGUGUGAUACAGACAUAUGGAGACCUCAGCGAUGUUAGCUCUCUCUUCCUCGACCUCGCCAAAAACGCAAAGCAACGUGGAAUGUGUCCAGAGGACCGUGCCAAGACUACUUUGGCACUUCUAUGGCGUCUCAACUCCUGUAUAAUCCCGCAAUCUUUUUGGCUAUUGUUCCACCUUUUGAACGAUGCCAAUUGUGCAUUCGACGCCGAGUCGUCCAUGAUGCUCCAACUCCGAACGGAAAUUAAGCCUCACGUUAGAGCAGUUCAACCUGCUAUGACCUUGGGAAUAUCUGAACCUCCCUACCUGGAAUUAUCAUCAUCGACGCUUCUCGCGGACUCUCGCGUGGCACAAGCUUGCCUUCUCGAAACAUUGCGUGUCAAUUACAGUUCGUGGCGCAUGUCGAUAUUGAAAGAAGAUAUCGAUGUCUCCGAAGUGACAGUUGCAUCAUCUGAACAGUCAGCAGAAACAGUCGUAUGGCGCUUGCGGAAAGGUGAAUGGGUUCAUCUGGCCGGUGCGUUAUACUACUCCUCUCCGCAGUACUUCUUGAACCCCGGAGCAUGGCAGCCAGGCCAGCAUCACGUUCAAGAGCCAAAAACGGAAGACGAUGAGCCCCAAAGUACUGUACAGGGUGUGAAGAUAUCCCCUGUCAGAUGGAGUGCGAUGGGCGGACCAUCGUGGGGUCACGGCUCCGAUGGCAAAGCCCUAGCAGAGAUAUCUGUGGCAUUUGUUGCUGGUGUAAUCGCCUUGUGGGACGCGGAGUUGAUGGAUAAGAGCGCGGCUGAUGUGAAGCCUUCAAUGAGCCCAGGUGCGUGGAGCGCACCGGGGGUAGACUUCAGGGUGAGACUUCGCAGAAGAGUCCUGCCCACGGCGCCCUAG